AUGGCUUUCAACUCGAUCUUGAUUGUAGUGGGCUUACUAGGUGGAAUCAUCGUCGCACAAGAUGCAUCAGAUGGCGUAGUUUUCAAGCCCUCACGCAAAGACUCAACGCUCGACGCUUUCGGAAACUCAAGUCUCUCUUUUUCGCGCCUCUUCUCGGCACAAGACUACCUCGGUGGCCGCCUCUUUGCUCGAGAUCAGACUUGCGAGUAUCCGGUCCCUUGUGAAGGGAAUGAGUGGUGCUGUCCAGCUGGCUCCAAUUGUGUAAGUGCAAAUAAUGACACCCAUCAGGAUGUGGCUUAUAGCAGCACAUGCAGUGCCCGACUAUCCUCGACUGCUGCCCCGACGGUUCUGAAUGCCGAGAAAACCACCAGUGCUGUCCUGACACGGCCGAGACAUGCGGAGGUACGUUUUGCGCUGAAGCUGGCUCUGUGUGUUGCAGUGAUUAUGUUUGUCCCGGGGGCACAACCUGUAAUGAGCGGGGAGGGCAAAAUUGUUGCAAGGAGUCUGACACAAGUUGCGAGGAUGCUUAUGGAUUACAUCGACUACGACGACAUCUACACGGACAUCUACAACAUCUACGACUUCUGUUUCCACGUCGACUGCUACACUGGCGUCUACAAGCACCAGGACUUUUACUUCGACAUUGACGUCUACACAGACAUCUACAAGGACCCAGCCUUCUACUACCACUUCGGCGGCUACUGA